AUGGCGCGGCCGAAAUCGAAGGGAGGCGUAUCGAUCGUGUUAUUACAGCCCCACUCUAAGCAGGACAACUCGAACGGCUUUCUGGCAGACAGGCGCGACUGCAAGACUCUUGAAGCUUUAUCCGACUUGAUAACUGCAGUGAGUAAUGCCAAGUUGGGCUUUGACGAUAUCAGCGUAUUUGAUGCCAUACCGCUCCUCGACGAGACCGCCCAGGGCCCAAAUAUCUCAAUCUCAACACGUAUUGAAGAUGCACACAGCGUAUUCGCGGACAUGGUUAAAGCUAAACGUCCAGAAAUUGUGCUAUGCUGCUUCCAGACAGAGACCCACAAUACACUUGCUCGCCAACUUUGCAGUCGUGGGGUGGGUAAGAGUUUUAAUGAUGAUAUGACCACGCCAAAGCCUAUUGAGCCAGGACUGUGUCUUAGGCGCGUCAAUGCAUUUCAUCCGAGCUAUGCGGUCAAUCGUUAUCCGAUAUUUUGCUCUUUUAAACAGCUACUUGUUCUGGAAUUUACGAAGGCUUUUGCUCUCUCAAGGCAUAAAUGGACAGAAAAGCCAUGGAUGGUGUCGCUGAGAGAUGAAUGCCACUGUAUGGCCAGAAAUACUAGUGAUGGUAAGUCACACUUCAGUUGGUGGUAA